GCAAACCGGCGCUUCACUGUCCUGCGUUCCUCACCCAAACUGCCUUCUCUAACUGCACACUCGUCCGCCGGCUUCCUCCAGCCUUUUUUCUCUCUCUCCCUAUUUAUAAAAACGUCACUUCAAGUCCCUCCCUUUUUGAAUGUCAUUAGUUUCUUGUGUGUUUCUCCCUGUCAAUAAUCCUGAAUCCAGACUCUCUCUAUUUCCAUCCCUCUCUAUCUGUCAAUCAGCGCCGCCUUUGAACUGAAAACCACUCCGACCAACUUCAACUCACUCAAUCCGAGCGGCUCAGCUCCAUCUCCGGCUUCUUUUUCUGCCAAGAUCCCUCUUCUUUUUAGUUUGUACUAACCGCCAGUGCUUGGAAAACGCCAAUACAGACUCUAAACUUUAACUCGGAUUCUAGAUCACCAAGAUCAAGGGUUUAAAACUUUGUGUUUUUGCCCCCCAAAAUUGCUCGGGAAAAUGCCGCAGCUGAACGGCGGUGGAGGGGACGAUUUGGGUGCGAACGAUGAAAUGAUUUCCUUCAAAGACGAAGGGGAGCAGGAGGAAAAAAUUUCGGAGAAUUUAUCAGCAGAAAGGGAUUUAGCAGAUGUCAAAUCUUCUCUUGUAAAUGAAUCAGAAACAAAUCAAAACAGCUCGUCGGAUUCGGAGGCGGAAAGACGGCCUCCGCCUAGAUCUGAAACUUUCAGAGACAAAACAAGAGAAAGUUUAGAGGAGGCUGCGAAAAGGCAAGAUGGAGGGCUGUUCAAGAGCCCACCGUACCCGGGCUAUCCAUUUAUAAUGAUCCCCGAUCUUACAAGCCCGUACCUUCCGAAUGGAUCACUUUCUCCAACAGCACGCACAUACCUACAGAUGAAAUGGCCCCUGCUAGAUGUUAACCACGGAAGUCUUCAAAGUAGACAAGCACUUAAAGAUGCCCGGUCCCCGUCACCGGCGCACAUCGUUGGGCCCUUCUGCUUGGAAUUCCCCGGACAGUCAGAUCUGAGCCUUCACCAAUUUCAGUUGUCUAAUAAGGUCCCAGUGGUACAGCACCCUCACCACGUGCACCCGCUCACGCCUCUGAUCACCUACAGCAAUGAACACUUCACACCGGGCAACCCCCCUCCGCACCUACAGGGAGAUGUGGACCCCAAAACAGGAAUUCCAAGGCCUCCACAACACCCAGACAUAUCUCCCUAUUACCCUCUCUCACCUGGUGCUGUAGGCCAGAUCCCCCAUCCGCUCGGGUGGUUAGUACCACAGCAAGGUCAACCUGUUUACCAGGGUUUUAGACACCCCUACCCGACUGCACUCACUGUCAACGCAUCCAUGCAAAGUUUUCUGUCCUCCAGGUUCCCUCACCACAUGGUCCCACCUCACCACAGUUUGCACCAGACCGGAAUCCCCCACCCCGCCAUCGUCACGCCCAACGUCAAGCAAGAGUCCUCCCACAGCGACAUCGGCCUCAACAGCUCUACUAUACUGUACACGCUCCACAGGAAACACCAGGACUCGAAAAAGGAGGACGAGAAGAAGAAGCAGCCCCACAUCAAGAAGCCGCUGAACGCCUUUAUGCUCUACAUGAAGGAGAUGAGGGCCAAGGUGGUGGCCGAGUGCACGUUGAAAGAGAGCGCCGCCAUUAACCAGAUACUGGGACGAAGGUGGCACGCCCUAACACGAGAGGAGCAGGCGAAAUACUACGAGCUGGCCAGGAAAGAGCGACAGCUUCACAUGCAGCUCUACCCCGGCUGGUCCGCACGAGAUAACUAUGCGGCUAACCAACAGGGCAAGAAGAAGAAGAGGAAAAGGGAUAAGCAGCCAGGAGAGGGCAAUGAACACAGAGAAUAUUUUCCCAACCCUUGCCUUUCACUCCCUCCGAUUACAGACCUGAGCGCUCCUAAGAAGUGUCGAGCGCGCUUUGGGCUCGAUCAGCAGAAUAACUGGUGUGGCCCGUGCAGACGCAAAUGCCCCAAAGAAGUGUCGUGCCUUGUUCGGGCUUGACCAGCUGAGUUUCUGGUGCAAACCAUGCAGGUAUACCCCUGUAGUAUCUACGGGAGGACAACCGUAAUGACAAUCACUUCCUUCUCUUACGUCUUCUCAAGACGUCCGUCUAAAACAGAUGUGUGUUAUGUUUCCUUCAAUGUGUUAAUUGAUGACACCGUCAUUCUACCUGUUCCUUUUCCUGAAUCGGUGAUUUUCUGCUAGAACUUCUUCUAGCAGGUCAUUUCACUUAUUUUCGUUGAAAACUAGAAGCCCAGUCGCAGAAAAUGGAUUUACUAGCGUCAUUUGUACUCUACCUCCGCAAUUAUAACAUUGUAAGGGAAGAUCCUUGUUGCAACAUGGUACACAAUCAAAUUUAGGAGAACUUUGGGCCUUUUUGUUGUAAUGUAAUUUUAAAAAGGAAUACGUUUAUGGUUUAUGAUACUAUUCUUCUGGCAAGUUGAAAGGUUGAAAUCCAUUUUCUAUCCAGGCUGUAUUUUAAGUGCCUGACAUUCUAACUGUUUUAAGUGUCUGUCUGAAUUGGCCUUCUUGAUAACCUUGUCGUGCUAAGGUUUGCCCUGCUUCUCAGAGGGCACCAGAGUGACUUUCUUCUAUGCCCUCUUCCUCCUCCUCCUCCUCCACCUCCUCCUCUUCUUCUUCCUCCAAACUCCUCUCUAAUAACCCUUAAUUAGUCCCUACCUGUUGUCUUUCUGUUCUGACACAAGCAGUCUUUGAAUUGGGAAUAUUUUCAUGG